GGAGGAGGACGACGCCGGGUUCCGAGCGGCUCGCGCGCCAACUCUCAACCGCUGCUUGCUUUGAGCCCCCUUUCCCUCCUCCUCUACCCCACCCGAGGGUUCCGAUCUCAAAGAAGAAUGAUUUGGUAAUGGCAUGUUCUUGCUGACUGAUGGACCCUAAAGAAGAAAGUUCAGCAGACCAAGAGGGAGCGCGAGAGAGAGGCCUGGUCUAUACGUGGCAGGCUGGUUGCUGUUGUCCAGAUCCUGAAAGACUUCCAGGUUGGAGUGGAAAGACAGUGUUGCAGGCAGCAGUCGGCAUAAACCAUGGUGUGCUUCUCUCAGAUGGUGGUGAGGUUUACAGUUUUGGAAAGCUUCCCUGGAGGGUUGAGUUGGAAGAUACUUAUAUCAACUGUCCCAUCUUGGAAAAGGCUUUGAAUGGACAACAUGUUGUUACAGUGGCAGCUGGCAGCUUCCACUGUGGAGCAGUGACUGAAGGUGGCGACGUUUACAUGUGGGGUGGAAAUUCUGCCGGCCAAUGUGCCGUGACCAACCAGGCCUUUGUGCCGGAACCCAAACCCGUCAGUAUUUCUGACUCUGAAGCUAGCCAUCCCUUGCCAGUACGGAUUUUGCAGCUGGCAUGUGGAGAGGAGCACACCUUGGCACUCUCCCUAAGCAGGGAGAUAUGGGCGUGGGGAAGUGGCUGUCAGCUGGGGCUCAUAACCAACACUUUCCCAGUUACCAAACCACAAAAGGUCGAGUACCUGGCAGGCCGCGUUGUGCUUCAGAUUGCUUGCGGAGCUUCUCACAGCCUGGCUCUUGUGCAGUGCCUCCCUACUCAAGACAUAAAGCCUAUUCCGGAGAGAUGCAAUCACUGCAGCCAACUCCUGAUCACCAUGACUGACAAAGAAGACCAUGUCAUUAUCUCUGAUAGCCAUUGCUGUCCAUUAGGGGUGGUUCUAGCUGACUCCCACUCGGAAUGCCACAUCUCUUGCUCCUCUCUGGAAACUCUGGAGAGGAAGAGUAUAACAAGCAGUCAAGGUGACGAUUGUCAGAAAACGCUUACAGAAGACCAGGCACUCGCUGUCGCAGAGUAUGAUGCAGCAAGUGUGUUUUCAAACAGCGAUGCCCAGGAAGACAGUGGCAUUUCUAGUCCAGGAAACCUCUUGAUAAUGGACAAGGUGACAACAAAGCAGCACUUGACAAGUCUUCCGGAUCAUCCAGUAAAUGAAAAGCCAAUGGAUCAACAACCUGAGCAGCAGUCUCAAGAAGAGGACCUCACUGCUUGCCUACCCAGUCCACCAGGUCCAGGCACAUCUGCCCUUAACAGCCUGGUAGCUUCUUGUGCAUCAGCAGUUGGUGUAAGAGUUGCUGCUACCUGUGAAGCUGGGGCCUUGUCUCUGAAGAAGGUAAUGAACUUCUAUGGCACAGUUCCAGGUGACACAGUAUCCCCACCUAGCGCUGGCUCUCCAAGCCUGGAUGGAGUUAAGGACAGCCGAGAGGAGCAGGUCAGGCUGGAGUCAAUGCAGGGAAAGAAGAGUUCCAGCUUGGUGGAUAUUCGAGAAGAGGAAUCUGAAGGAGUCUGUCGAAGGCUUUCCUUACCUGGUUUGCUCUCCCAAGUUUCUCCAAGGCUCUUGAGGAAAGUUGGACGAGCCAAGAUGAGGACUGUGGCACUCACACCAACCUACAGUGGCGAAGCUGAUGCCCUUCUCCCAUCUCUGCGAACAGAGGUGUGGAGCUGGGGUAAAGGAAAAGAAGGGCAGCUAGGUCAUGGUGAUACUCUGCCAAGGCUCCAACCACUUUGUGUAAAAAGUCUUGAUGGGAAGGAAGUAAUUCAUUUGUCUGCUGGUGGCCACCAUUCCUUGGCACUCACUGCCAAAUCGCAGGUAUAUUCAUGGGGCAGCAAUACCUUUGGGCAGCUUAGUCACUUAAGUUCUCCAACCACAGUCCCUCGCCUUGCAAAGGUAUGUGAUGACAAAAGCAUCUGGAACAUAGCAGCUGGCCCAGAUUAUUCAUUAUUCCUAGUAGAUGGAGAAGAGUUUCAACCUUCGUUAUACUAUAGUGGUCGAGAAGAAAGGAAAGAGAGUGAUGUUUCAUCUGAAAAUAGCUGCUUUAAAAAUUCAACACUGUUGCUAAACUGUAGUAAGUUAGGGUACAUUAGCAGUGUGAUGGCUGGUGGGAAUAACUGUUUGGCUUUAGUGGACAAAAACAUUAUGGGCUACAUUGCAAGUCUGCAUGAGUUGGCAUCGAUGGAGAGACAGUUCUAUUCCAAACUGAGUGCUAUAAAAUCUCAAGUUCUCCGACCCCUCUUGGGAUUAGAUAAUUUAGGUGCUUCAUCGACAGUGCAGCUGUUGCAGGAAAUGGCUAGUAUGUUCAGCAAGUUGUGUUACCUGAUCGGUCAGCAUGGAGCCUCUUUGACAAGCUUUAUUCAAGGGUCAAAAGAGGCAAAGAACUUGGCUGUCCUGAAGCAUUCAAGCCUCUUUUUGGAAAGUUACACUGAGUACUGCACUUCCUUGACAAACUUUCUGGUGAUGGGAGGAUUUGCACUUCUCUCCAAACCAGCAAUGGAUUUCUUAACUAAAAGCCAGGCAUUACUUCAGGAUCUGUCAGAGACAAAUGAGGAGUCUUUCCCAUUGGUAGAAGUAUUAAAUAAUCUGUUUUUCUUGCCAAUCCGACGACUUCAUAAUUACGCUAGAACUUUACUAAAGCUUGCUACGUGUUUUGAAGUGGCAUCUCCAGAAUACCAGAGCCUUCAGGAUGCCAGUUCUUGUUAUGAAUCCCUUGCUGUCCAUCUUAGCAGGAAAAGGAAAGAAGCCGAAUACACGCUGGGCUUCUGGAAAACCUUUCCUGGCAAAAUGACAGAUUCCUUGAGGAAACCCAAACGGCGGCUAAUCUGUGAGAGCAGCAAUCGGGGAUUGUCACUGCAACACGCUGGGAGAUUCUCAGUGAACUGGUUCAUCCUCUUUAACGAUGCCUUGGUCCAUGCUCAGUUUUCAACUCAUCAUAUUUUUUCAUUGUCCACAUUGUGGGUAGAACCUAUUUCAGAAGAGUCUGGUAAUAUGAAUGGUUUGAGAAUCACUACACCAGAAGAACAGUUCAUUCUUGUUUCAUCAACACCACAGGAAAAGACUAAAUGGCUGAGAGCAAUAAGCCAAGCAGUGGAUCAGGCCUUAAAAGGAACGACUGACUUGCCUCCUUAUGGAGUUAGUGGAAACCUUCAGAGGCAAGAGCCCCCUAUCUCACGGAGUGCCAAAUACACCUUUUACAAAGAUCCUCGGCUUAAGGAUGCCACUUAUGAUGGUCGAUGGCUUUCUGGGAAACCACAUGGCAGGGGAGUUUUGAAAUGGGCAGAUGGAAGACUAUAUUCUGGUAUGUUCAGAAGUGGCCUGGAAGAUGGGCACGGUGAAUACAAAAUACCAAGCAAAAUACUGAACAAGAGUGACCGCUAUGUUGGAUAUUGGAAGGAGGGCAAAAUGUGUGGACAAGGGAUCUACAGCUAUGCCUCUGGAGAAGUGUAUGAAGGGAGCUUUCAGGAUAACAUGCGUCAUGGGCAUGGUCUCCUGCGCAGUGGGAAACUGACAUCUACCUCUCCCAGUAUGUUCAUUGGCCAGUGGGUGAUGGAUAAGAAGACAGGAUAUGGAGUAUUUGACGAUAUCACAAGGGGAGAAAAAUAUAUGGGAAUGUGGCAAGAUGACCUUGGCCAGGGCAAUGGUGUUGUGGUUACACAGUUUGGACUGUAUUAUGAAGGAGCCUUUAGCAGCAAUAAAAUGAUGGGGACUGGUGUCUUGCUUUCUGAAGAUGACACGGUGUACGAAGGAGAGUUUUCAGAUAAUUGGACCCUUAAUGGAAAGGGAAGACUGGCUUUGCCAAAUGGAGACACUAUUGAAGGUAUUUUCAGUGGCGAGUGGGGAACUGGGAUAAAGAUUGCUGGAACCUACUUCAAACCCAGUUUGUACGAUCAUGAGAAGGACCGACCCAAAACCCUGCGGAAGCUUGGAAACCUUGCUGUUCCUGCUGAUGAAAAAUGGAAGGCGGUGUUUGAGGAAUGCUGGCAUCAGCUAGGCUGUGAGCAACCAGGCCAAGGGGACAGGUGGAAAGCUUGGGAUAACAUUGCUGUUGCCCUGACAACCAAUCGGCGUCAACACAAAGACAGCCCAGAACUGUUAAGUAGAUCUCAUGCGCAAACUUUGGAAAGCUUGGAGUUCAUUCCAAAACACGUUGGUGCCUUCACACUCGAAAAAUACGACAACAUUAAGAAAUAUCUCAUAAAGGCGUGUGAUACUCCCCUGCAUCCUUUGGGAAAACUUGUUGAGACCCUAGUUGCUGUAUAUCGAAUGACAUAUGUAGGCGUGGGAGCUAAUCGGCGGCUGUUGCAGGAAGCAGUCAGGGAAAUUAAAUCCUACCUCAAACGCAUCUUCCAGCUAGUCAGAUUCCUGUUCCCUGAUCUUCCUGAAGAGGGCAGUUCAAUUCCACUUUUGGUGACUGAGACCAAAGGAAGGAGAUCAUUCUGUAGUGGAAAAAAUGACUCCAGGCCGGAAUCUCCAGAACCAGGCUAUGUGGUCACAAGCUCUGGGUUGCUGCUUCCUGUGUUGCUACCGCGACUCUACCCUCCUUUGUUCAUGCUGUACGCCUUAGACAAUGAGCGAGAGGAAGAUAUUUACUGGGAGUGCGUCCUGCGUCUGAACAAACAACCAGACAUGGCUCUGUUGAGCUUUUUGGGGGUGCAAAUGAAAUUUUGGCCAACAAAAACCUGUAUUCUUGGUGAAAAUAAAAAGGUAUUGCCAAAUACAAAAGAUGCCUGUUUUGCUUCAGCAGUGGAGUGCUUACAACAGAUCAGUACAACUUUUACACCUGCUGACAAACUGAAGGUGAUCCAGCAGACUUUUGAGGAGAUCUCACAGAGCGUCCUUGAGAGUCUUCAUGAGGAUUUCCUUUGGUCGAUGGAUGAUUUGUUUCCUGUUUUUCUGUAUGUGGUGCUACGAGCCAGGAUCAGGAAUUUGGGUUCUGAAGUGCAUUUGAUUGAGGACCUCAUGGAUCCAUAUCUCCAACAUGGGGAGCAAGGCAUUAUGUUCACCACUCUGAAGGCAUGUUAUUACCAGAUUCAACACGAGAAGCUCACCUAAAGAAUUCACCUAAAUAUAGAAUCACCAAUGAACACAGCUUUAGUCUUCUUCACAGAAAUGCACUUACAAUGGACUGAGAAUCUUUAUGCGGCGGAUGCAGUUCUGAGGCCUUUAAAAAAGAGAAAAAGCAAAGCCCAAUAUCAAUGGGGAAAAAGAAAAUCUAUAAGAAGCAAAAAUAUGUUUUUCAAGGCAGCUCUUGGAGAGAAAAUAUUUGUCCUUCAAAGUGGCAAAGUGUUUUUUCCCAUCUCUUCACAAAAGCAAUGUGUAGUGUGACAUCUACAUGGAAUUCAUAUAAAAGCAUAGUCUGGAAGUAUGCUGCUUCUUAUUCUGAAGAGACUCUCUGUGCUUUUGGAGGAUUGAAGUGCACUAUGGAACCACUCAGUGUCUUUCUAAGUUAAACUGCCUGGAUCUGUGUAUCCACUAAGAUCUGUCUACAGAACUCAUGGCUUUCAUACUACUACUGAUCCAUGGCAAUCCAAGACUUAAGGUGUACUGAAUAUACAAUUCAUGUGACUGGAGCAGUUUCAUUAUGUGAACCACAGAUUACAGAAGGCUAGCAAUGUGGUCUGUCGGAAUAAGUAUGUGCUUGGUCAUACCUGAGAUGCUGGCUUAGCAUGCAGGGACCUUGAGUACCUGUCUUCUACUUUUCCUGCUCGGUGGAAGGAAACACUUUUUUUGCUCAGAUGUUAUUUUUUUGUUGAAGUAUUGUUUAAAGAAGAAAGCCACAGAACUUUCAUGCCAUUGUACUUGUGACUUUUCCUUUGGUGUAUGUGGAUAAUGUUAGCUGACAUCUUGGAUAAAACAGGUGCUGUUCUUAACUAUGUCUGUCACAGAUGUGGGAGAUAUGAAAAAUAUUCUAGUUGAAUUAACGAGUUAAUACAGACAAAGCAGAUAACUUCUGGAAAUGAAUCAUGGCUUUUGUGUAGCUCCUUUAUUAAAAAAAAUAUGGUGGGAUCAGUGGCUGUAAAUGGAGCAAUUUUCAUAAUAAAGUAAUAAAGAAUAAUUCUGUGAUUUCUUUUGUGGCAAUUAAUACAAAUUCCAUUUGGGUGCUAUUCCCUGAUCACUCCAAGGUGGGUUUUUUUUGUUAAACAUUUGUGAGUUACAGCUCUGUGGAAGGUACCAGACACCCUUAAAAGUUAUCGGUUCCCAUCAACUUCCCCAAUUACCUCCAUUUUAUACCACCCACAAUUUAAUAAAAAUGGUACUGUAAGUUGAUUCUCCAAUUGGCAGCAUUGAGAUUUGUGGACUGGAUUUCUAACAACCAGGUUAAAUCUCUGGCUCAAAUGAGAGAGGAGUUGGGUUCUGAUUGUGCAUUUCCAAGACUUUUUAAACAGCUGGAAAACUCACCCAGAAGGCUUGAGACAGAGAAACAAUCUUGAAUAAUUAAUUUGAGAAAAACUCAAAAUUAUACCAAGAAAUAUCUCAUGAGAGAGAAUAAGCAUAAUUUUGACAUUUUGUUUUCAUUCUUCUCAAAUUGUUUUUUCAAGAUUAUUUCUCUGUCUCAAACCUUCUGAGCGAGAUCUUAACCAGCUACUUAAAAAGUCUUGGAAAUGCACAAAAUUGGAAACAUUGAUUGAAGCUUCUAUUUGAAAUGAUACAUGGCCCCUACCGGUACAUCAGACAUGCCAUACACAGAGGCAUUUUACAAUUUGGAAAUGGGCAUUUAGCACUGUCCUAAGUAUAAAAGGAGGGAGGGAAUUAAAAGGGUAAGGAAUCUCCUUGUAGCCAAAAUGUUUUUUUAAAAAGUAUUUUAUAUUAUGUAUGCGUUUAUAAUUGUAAGUUGCUUUGAGAAAAAAAAAUACAACAUACAGGAGUAGAUCAUAUUUGCUGGGUUGCUAUACAUUCCACACAUGGGACGAAUAAGCAGCAAUUGGUCGUUUCCACUACUGCUGUAUUUCUGUUUUCAUCAAAAUUCUCUGACAUUCCUGGUGUUGAAUAUGGGAUUGUUUUACCCUCAGUAUGAACACCGAUCCCCAGCCAUGCCAUCAGGAUAGGCCUUUGGGGCAGAAGCCCAGAUUCCCACUUACCAGGAGCUUAGCACCUUUUGAAGCAAUGCAGCUUACAAUCUAGUACAGCUGUUGCAUCUUAAAAUGUCCAAACCCUAAAAUAUUUCUACCCUGCUUUUCAUAACUCCUUCAUGGAAUGCUAUACUUUAAUUGUCUUUAGAUCAGUAAUUGCUAGAAGCCCCUUGCGUGUCUUGAGUUGGAUUAUUCCUAGGCCAUUUCAUUAUGAGGUAAUGAUUAGCUAAAGAGAAUCCCAUAAUUACGGGCAUAGAUUUGUUUCAGUAUCUUGAGCUGCAUUUGAAAGCUCUGUAGCAGCUUUAAUGUUGCUGCUGGUUAACAAAGAAACGGAUUGCCUUACUUCCUUUGGACUCUGAACUUGAAUAUCUUCCAUUCGCCUAUAUGGCUGUAUUGCCAAAGGACAGCUACCUAAAUAUAAAUAUAUUUAUUCAUUGCCUCAUGCUACUAAUUUGAAGAAAAACAACCCACAGGCAAUCAGAUCUAUCCAUAUGCUAGAAUGGGUUUCCAAAUGAAGAAAGUACAAUAUAAUUAGAC